AUGUCUAAAUCAGUCUUCGAAACGGCAGCUGCUUCUGUCCAAGCUCGAAAUCGUAUCCGGAACCACAUCUUCCAAACACCUCUGAUUCCUGCGAAAGUAGUGGGCAAAGAUGACGGAUCCAAAGUCUUAUUCAAAGCAGAGAAUUUCCAACUUACGGGUUCGUUCAAGUUACGGGGCGCCAUGUCCAAGAUGUCGGCCCCUGGAGUAGAAGGGCGCUUGAUUACCGCAUCGUCUGGAAACCAUGGCAUCGGUGCCGCGUGCGCAGGUCAGACUCUAUCUCGAGACGUUACAGUGGUCCUUCCAGAGACUGUUGUCCAAGCGAAGCUGGAGAAGAUCAAAUCCUACGGUAUCGACGUGAUUUUACACGGAGAGGAAACGGGGUUGGCCGAGCAGCAUGCGCAGCAGCUUGCUGCAUCCGGUGCCUUUACGUACAUCUCACCCUACAACGACUUUGACAUUGUUGCCGGACAGGGAACGAUUGGCUUAGAAAUACUCGAGCAGUGCAGCCAAGUGGACAACAUUUUCAUUUCGAUGGGUGGAGGCGGACUUAUUAGCGGCAUUGGAUCAGUCAUUAAAGCCUUCAGUCCGCUCACUCAGAUCUACGGUGUUUCUGCCACAAAUUCCAAGGCACUUGCCGAGUCUAUGACUGCCGGUCGUGUAGUUGAGACAGAGCAUCUGCCCACGUUAGCUGAGGCUGUGGCUGGUGGCCUUGACGAGGACACAAUUACUCUUCCAAUUGCCAAGGCUGUUGUGGAUCAUGUCAUCGAGUGUGAUGAAAACGAGAUCUCGGCCGCUCUCAGGACGAUGGCAUUUGGAGAGAAUAUGAUUGUCGAGGGUUCGGCUGCACUUGCCCUUGCAGGUUUUAACAAGGUUGCACAAGGCCUUGCCGGUCAAACCAGUGUUAUUCUUUUGUGUGGUUCUAAUGUCGACCAAAACGCUAUUAAAUCAGUUCUCUACGGAUCGGCAUAG